AUGGGGGUGCGCGGAGCGGGCGGCGUGUGGUGGGGCACAGUGAGCUGCACGUUAUUCCUGGCAGUAAACGGUUUAUAUUCAGCCAGUGAUGAUGUGAUAGAGCUCACACCAACCAACUUCAACAAGGAGGUCAUUCAGAGUGAGAGCCUGUGGCUCGUGGAGUUCUACGCCCCAUGGUGUGGUCAUUGUCAAAGACUAACCCCUGAGUGGAAGAAAGCUGCAACAGCAUUAAAAGGUGUAGUGAAAGUAGGUGCAGUAGAUGCAGAUAAGCAUCAGUCCUUGGGUGGGCAGUAUGGAGUCAGAGGUUUUCCAACUAUCAAGAUAUUUGGAGCCAACAAAAACAAAGCAGAAGAUUAUCAGGGUGGCAGGACAAGUGAAGCCAUUGUUGAUGCUGCUCUAAGUGCUCUUCGGUCCCUGGUGAAAGACCGUCUCAGUGGCAGAAGUGGAGGAUACAGUUCUGGGAGACAGAGCCGAGAGAGCGGAGGUGGAGAUAAGAAGGACGUGGUUGAACUGACUGAUGACAGCUUCGAUAAGAAUGUCAUAAACAGUGACGAUGUGUGGAUGGUGGAGUUCUAUGCCCCAUGGUGUGGGCACUGCAAAAAUCUGGAGCCAGAAUGGGCAGCUGCUGCCACUGAGGUGAAGGAACAAACCAAGGGGAAAGUCAAGCUGGCUGCAGUAGAUGCAACAGUCAAUCAGAUGCUGGCAAGCCGAUAUGGGAUUCGUGGUUUUCCCACAAUUAAAAUAUUCCAGAAAGGAGAAGACCCUGUUGAUUAUGAUGGAGGAAGAACUAGGUCUGAUAUCAUUGCUCGUGCUCUGGAUCUCUUUUCUGAUAAUGCACCACCACCUGAGCUCCUGGAGAUUAUUAGUGAAGAUGUUCUGAAGACUACCUGUGAUGCUCAUCAGCUCUGCAUCAUUUCUGUCCUGCCUCAUAUUCUUGACACAGGAGCCUCGGGGAGGAAUUCUUACCUGGAUGUCAUGUUAAAAAUGGCUGAGAAAUACAAAAAGAAAAUGUGGGGGUGGCUGUGGACCGAAGCUGGCGCUCAGUCAGAUCUUGAGAGCUCUUUGGGAAUAGGAGGCUUUGGGUAUCCAGCAAUGGCAGCUGUUAAUGCCCGGAAGAUGAAAUUUGCCCUCCUGAAAGGAUCCUUCAGUGAACAAGGGAUUAAUGAGUUUCUAAGGGAACUGUCUGUUGGUCGUGGUUCUACAGCACCAGUAGGAGGUGGAGCUUUUCCUAAAAUUCAUGCAGUUGAACCUUGGGAUGGCAAAGAUGGUGAGCUUCCAGUUGAAGAUGAUAUUGAUCUCAGCGAUGUUGAUCUGGAUGAUAUCUGGGAUAAAGAUGAGCUGUGAGAUCUUCAGGAAACUUCUUUUCUUGGGAGAGUUUGCGCAGCAGUUUGCAACCUGGUUCACGUUCAGAUGGAUUUUCCAGUGGCCUUUUUAUGGAGAAAUGGCACAUGACACACUGUGCUAUUUGAUGCACUGCAGCAGUGAACUGUACGCAACUCAAGAAAACAUUGCAGAAAUUCUAUGAAUUGUCAUAACCAGUAAACUUGAUUGUAUUCUGUGCAACAAAUAUUUUGAGGACAACAUCUUUUUUUUUUUUUCUUUGAAACAUCUUGGGUUUUAUUUUGACAGUGUGCUGUUUGAGUGUUACAGAAGGCUGUUAGUGCAACCAAUUUUAAAUGUGUUUUUUUUCCUUUUCUGUGGAGGUGGAACCUGGUCAGCUUCUGUUUCAAUUAAAUAAAACAGAAUAUUUUUGACACACA